GCGCCAAAUUGGUCAAUAUGGCAGCUACUUGAAUGUUUUCAAAUUUCAGUGUAGUUUAACGCCAGAUUUUUUACAGAGGAGAUAGUUUUACCUGUGUUUUAGCGGUUAAUCUAUGGCUCAAAACGAAGGAGACGAGUUUUUGUUAAGCGGAGAGGCCACGGGUGGUGGAGAAAGUGAUGAAGAAAUAGAAGUAACUGCUGCUGAAGUGCUCGCUCAACUGGAAGAGGUACACGUAAUAUUUUAAGCUUAUACUAGCUAAAGUUGAGCUCAAUUAAAUUGUAACUGAGUUAGUCAAAGAAAAGGCAAUGAACAUGCUUUUUGAAAUACUGCAGCAACCAGUUGGUUGAGUUAAACUUGGAAAUUAUCAACAGCUUGGAGUAUAAGAAGUGGGGAAGUAAAGAGCCAUUCCAUUUAAUGUCCUCAUGUACACUUCGCCCAACCUCUACCCCCAUCACACACCCUUCGCUCAACCCCCCCCCCCCCCCCCCCCCCCCCCCCAGCCUUUUUUCCCCCCUUCCCCCAAGGGCCGCUCAUUGACCUCCAAAGCAGCCGGUUCUCCACCCUUCCAUUGUUUCCCAUCUUCUCCCUUUUUGACUCCCCACAGGCAGUGAUACAACAUCCCCAAUCCACCAGAGAGAAGAUGCGACAUGCUUUUUGAAAUACGGCAGCAACCAGUUGGUUGAGUUAAACUUGGAAAUUAUCAACAGCUUGGAGUAUAAGAAGUGGGGAAGUAAAGAGCCCUUCCAUUUAAUGUCCCCAUGUACACUUCGCCCAACCCCUACCCCCCUCACACACCCUUCGCCCCACCCCCCCCCCCUCUCCACCCUCCCGGCCAGGCUUUAUUCCAUCGUUCUCCCAAGGGCAGCUCAUUGACCUCAAAAGCAGCUGGUUAUCCAGCCUUCACUUGAUUACCAACUUGGUACUUAUGGAUCGCCCCAAGGAAGGGAAUCCAGAUUCCAGAAUCCAGACUCCGGUAUAAUUUUGCUUGUGGAAUCCGGAAUCCUGGUCUUCGGAAUCUGGAAUACCGCGUAAGGAAUGCGGAAUCCCGCUAACCAUUGGAAUCCAGAAUCCAAGUUCCACUGACAAAGACUGGAAUCCAGAACCCAAGACUACCUUGGAUUUCCUUAAUACAUGGGGUGAUAUGGAGGCCCUGUUAGGGAAAAAUUCCAACAAGCAAAAUGGCCUCAAAACCCAGCAGGGGUUUACUCCGGAUUUCAAGUGACAGAGAUGAUCAAAGAAAUUUUUUGGGUUCGAAAUUUUCAAUUUUCGGGAUUUUGGGAGGGUAGGAAAAUUUGGCAAUUUUCUUUUUUUUUGGGGGGGGGGGUAGCUUGAUUUAAGUAGGGAUUUUUGGGGGUAUUCAAAACUAAUGUUUCUAUGUUUUGUGCCAAAAAGUCAUUUAAUGCUUUCUGGAAAUUUUUAUGGCUAGGAAAUUCGGCAUGUGAUUUUUUGGGGGUUAAAUUUUGGUCCAGGGAUUUUUGGGGGUUUUGUUUUUUACCCUCAUUCAAUCAAUCAAUCACUUGAAAUCCAGAGUACCUCCCCUGGGCCUUGAAACAGCAACAUAAGACAAGAUUAAAUGGUAACAAACAACAUAAAGAUGGGUUAAAUACUGGCAUUGACAUGGCCGAAUCCUCAAUAUGCGAAAUGACCGCUUUGGAAAUUCAGACGAUGGACAUACUCCCCCUAACAAGAAGUCCUAUUAUGACUUUUACGCAAGGACUGAUUUAAUAACCCCCGCCCCCCUCUACAGAAGAAAAGGAUACCGUAAAAUUCCUACAAUAAGCCCCUCCAAAUAUAAGCCCCUAAUCCAGUAACACAAAAAACCCUCCGUUAAAUCCCCCCUCCAAAUAUAAGCCCCCCGGGGGCUUGUACUUGGAAAUUUGCCCUCAAAUAUAAAGUAAAACAAAGCAAAAACAGUAACUUUACUUCCAACUAUGAGACUAACCCAAUCAAUUUUGAAACACAAAUUUCCCUCCAUAGAUAAGCCCCUCCGUAGAUAAGCCCCUUCGAAUAAAAGCCCCUCCAAAAAUACGCCCCUCAAAAAGGGCCUUUGAAAAAUAUAAGCCCUGGGGCUUAUUUUCGGAAUUUUACGGUAUUUCAUGAAGAGAUUAUGGUGCUGACGUCUUGUUGCUACCCCCUCAGAAAUGGCCUCUGGAGACCUCCUUCUGCCUUCUGAUGUUUUUUUUUUUUUGAAAAUGCAGGCCUGGGUGAAUGAAAAAUUUGCUCCUGAACUUUUGGAGAGCAAGGCAGAUCUUGUUGAAUGCAUGUUGGAUCAGAUUAAAGAAAUGGCAAGUUCAAAUUAUUAUUAUAUAAUAAUACAAUACAAUAACCUUUAUUUAACGUGGUCAAUGUUCUUAGCUAAUUAGCUACUUACAGACAUGCCACAAAAAAUAAAUAAAUAAAAUAAAAAUAAUAAUAGAAAGAGAAGAUUUCUAGUUAAAACUAUAUUAAAAUAUAUACACAGUUAAAAGUUAUUAAAACAAAGAGUAGAUCACAAGAUUAUUACAUAAUGUUGUAAAUGAUAAGCAAAAUGUAUUUACAUGUAUUUACGCAAUUAAAAUGUAAAACUUGAGAAAUCCAACUUAGACGUCAAGUUCUUAAAUGUUCUAAUGUAUUAUGCCCAAAAAGAGUUAAAAAUUCUGGCAGCUGAUUGGCUGGUUAGAGUGAGUUAAUGGUGUACAAUACACGAUUUCCAAAGAUUUUAUUGCUUUUUUUCUCUCAAUAAAGUUUUUUUAAUUUGAAAUGUAGUUGUAUUAAUUUUAUAUUAACGUGCAUAUUUGGAAUUUUUUUUUUUUUUUGAUGUUGUUAUUGAAGGUUAAUUAUGUGUUUAACGUUUUACCAUUGUUGCCAUUGUUUUUCUUUUACAAUUUGUUGCUUUUUCAAUGUAGAGCAUUCAAACAGCCACAUAUGCAACAAGGCUGGCAAGAUUUGGGAUAUUAUGGUGCACUUCAUUAACUUCCAUGUAUCAGUAGGCAAUGAAAGUGCACAAAUUUCAUAUACAGUGUAAGCAAACCAUAAAAAUUAACCCUGUAUUUUUUUGCAGGAAGGAAAUCUAAAGAAAGUCAAACAGGGAGAUGUUGUAGCUUCUUUACAUAAACUAGAGGUUGGAAAUCAAUAACUUUCUUUUUGUCUUUUUCCCAUGUGGUUUUAGGGGGACAGGAGAUAAGAUUUUCGUGUUGUUCUGAUAUUUAUUUAAUUAAGUGACGUCUGACAAUCGUGGCUCCAUUAUCCGGUAGAGUUAAUAAUUACUCUACAAUAUGUUGUCUUUGACAUGCAGAUUGACAGAAUACGAUAUGUCCUGAGUAGUUACACACGGACAAGAAUAGAAAAGGUAGGCUCUUAUUUCAAGUCAGAAGUUAAGGUCUUCUCAUUCGUAGUAUGACUAUUUGAGCAGACUGACUUCUGCUGUUAAGUUAGGCUGCUGUUUAUGCUAGCUUUUGCUGGAAAGAGUGUGAUUAUUGUACUAUUGACUUUAUAAAUUAUUUUCUGUCUUUUUCUUAAGAUUGAAAAGUAUGUUGUUCAUGUUCUUGAACAAGAAGCAGCAAGAGAUGAAAGUGAACCCUCAAGAUUAUCCCCAGAGGAACUGCAGUAUGCUAAGGAGUGAGUGAAAUAACUGAAUUUUGUGAGUUUUGUCGGAGUAAAGUCACUUAUAGCACAGGAGGAGUGAAAUAAAAUCAUCUUUCAAAGGGAGUCAUUAGGGAGUUUAAGAUAUCCUGACGGCAAUGGCAAGGAGAAUGUCAAAAAAGCACUUAGGUUGAAUAGGUAAAACAACUUUGCACAUGCAUCACACUUUUUUGUUCAUUAAUUUUCUUUGCUGUCACUGCACGACUAUGACAUGAAAAUGCCAAAUUUCACAUUUUACAGGGGAUGUAAACAAGCGACAAAGAAAUAGUUAUUUUCUGUGUUUUGAACUUGGGUGUGGUUCUUAGGAAUUCCACUUCAGAAUAGUUUGAGAAAGUAGGCUAGUUGGAAAAAUCGUCAUAGAUUAGAGAUUGGAGGAAUGUAGAUUCACUUUUUAAGAGACCUUUUCGAUGCUGUCAUUGCCAUGCUAUCCUAAUGUCCCUAUAAUUGGGGUAGAGGAGAAAAAGGGACGCAUUCAGAGGGUGGUACUCUGGUAAACUAUCCAAAUAAAAAAAUUUUGGCCUCUCACAUGACCGUAUGAAAAUGAAUUAACUGUGUGUCAUGUAGAUCGUGUUAAGUAGGAGCUUUACUUUUAGCCUUCACUUAACCUGUAUCUUUCGCUAUAUGUAUAUGGUUGUGAAGAACUGUUUAGGGUGUGGUUCGUCUGGGGUAGAGUAUGAAAGAUCAGACAGAGACUUCUUAUCUCUAAGGGUGGUGUCAUUUUGCUUAACACUUAUCAAUGGUAAGAAGAAUUUAAGUCUUGAAUAUGUACUGAAAAUCGGAAUAGGGUAAAGAACUUUCUCCCAUAGGGUGCUUAGGCUUACUGUACCAUCGCCAUUUACUAACCUGGGCUCAGUUGUUUGAAAGGUGGAUAAUCAGUAUCCAGUAGAGAGCUCUGUAUUCAGUGGAUAACACAAUAAAUUAUCGUUUUGCUAAUACUUAUCCACUGGAUAGUGACAACCAGGACCAGUGCAUCAACUGUUGUUUAAUAGCUUUUGUCAUUUAAUAGCACAGUGCACAAAUGACAUCAGAGUGACUAAUUUGCAGUGUUUGUCUGACCUUGACAUUUUUGUCAAUUUAAUGACAAAAGUCAGACAAACAUGACAUUUCAAUGACAAAAGACAAACAAAAGUGAGGAAUUCACCAAUGUGAAUUCCAAUUUGUUUGUCUGAUUUUUAGUUAUAUAUUAAAUAGUAGCUUUGCACGGCACCAUUAGGUUAUGCUUUCUUUUGCCUUUUUGACUAAUAUUUAAGUUAAACUUAUUAACAGGUAUGCCGAUAGCAUGGAGGGUCUCUUCAAGUCAUUAGCUUUGCAACAUAUGCCUGCAAACAUGCAGAAUAUUGAUAGAAAGAAAUCUGGUAAGGAUCCCUCCCUCAGAUAAUAGGGAGCUUAAGCAACGACGACGUCAAAGAGAACGGCAAUAACGCAAUAGGUUUAGAUUGGCAAAACAAGCACUUUGCACGUGCAUCACGCUUUUUUGUACAUUUCUUUGCCGUCGUUGCACGACUACAACGUGAAAGUGCCUAAUUUCACUUUUUGUUGAGGACGGGAACACGAGACAACAACUUUCCUUUUCCUUUCCUAAACUUUGAUACAGUCCAUUAGAAUUCAACUCCAAAAAAAAUUGCCAACAUUUGACAAAUUAAACGAGAUGGAAUAAGCGCGGUAAAGUUUGAAGCAGCGCAAAUUCACUUUUUAAGUGCCGCUUUCGUGGCCGUCGCCCUCGUCGUUGUUUAAGCUCCCUAAUUUUGCUCUGCUAAGUAAAGAAUCCUGCCCCCAUAAUAUGGAUGCCCUAAAAUUAGACUUGCCACAAGUUGACAGCAAGAGAGCGCCAAAGGCGCAAGGAACACUUGCAAAGGAAGCGACAAAGCUGUGAGAUGAAUGAUGUACGGGAAACAGGCUUUGAGAAAGUCUACCCUAAAGUAUGUACUGCAAAGAAAGUUGAACAUCACCAUCAUGUUGCUUAUGGCAUCAUUAUUUAAUACAUAUCAUAGAUGUUUCAUAUGGAUGUAAAAUCAUUUUUUAUCUUCCAUACAAUUUUGAGCAAGUGCCCUUUUUUACACCCUAAAAGUAAAAAACAAUAAACUCAUCAGCUUCCAUAGCAACAUGUAGCUCUUUUUCUCUUACCAUUAGUGGCUGUUGUGUUUAUUUUUCUCUUUUUUUCCUUGUAUUUUUAUAGUUCCUAGACCAAAUAUGGACAAAUAUGUGUUUCUCAAGGUGUUAGAAAAUCAAGAUCAAGUUAUGAUAGAUCCUGAGUAUGUAAUUGUUCCUUUAUUGCUACACCAUGAUUUACGCGUUUUUGACUACAAGAGAUUUCUAUAAGAAUUCCACGAUAAGUUCUUUCCAAGAAUUACUUGCCUGCGUGCAGACGUCUCCUAUUUCCUUUGUUGCACGCGGAAAAGGGACAAAUAGGAGACGUCUGCACGCAGGCAAAAGAAUUACAUGUAUGGUUCCAACCCUCCUGAUUUGACCCCACCCAUUAUCAGCUUAUGAUUUGCACUCCAGAAUAAUCAAUUCCUUGGAAGGAAUGCAAAAUGCUGGCAGUAAGGGUUGCUGAUAGCCACCACACUCUUUUACUGCUAUAUCCAGCUUGAGUCAAAUAAUGAUUCCAAGGGAGAGGUUGAUGACGGCUGUAAUAAAUGUAUCUCUGAGCUUUGCAAGCUAGUGCAGUGAUACUUUUGUUUCUUUUUUAGGGAAGAUCCUAUUGACCUUGAGAGUGGAGCACAACACAUCAUGCGUUAUAGUGCUAUAGCACCUCUUUUAAGCAAUGGAUCUGUUUCUCUGAUAUAAAACCUCUAAAUCCCACGCCCAACGUCUUAACUUGUAAAAUAAUACAUGUGUAUAGAUUUAGGCUCGAUUUCCGCCUUCUCCCCGGUCCGGUCUUUGAUCCUCCCCGAAGAGGAUCAGUGCGGGUUCAUUUUCCUGAACAGCAGCUGGUAAUCGAGCCUAUAUAGAUUGUAAUAGCCUGCAGUGCAGGCGUCUUCUUUGAGCGCGCAAUUUGCUCGCGAAAGCGCCAUGUUGAAACUUCCCGAAGAGAAUCGUAAGGGUUACUAUUUCUACUCUCCCCAAUCUUCCACUGUCAUAAAAUCAAAGAUGGCGGCUACAACAAUAUUACGAACACGAACAAGGUUUCGCCCACCUAAAAUACGCCUGCACUGCAGGCUAAGAUUGUGAUCACUUAAUGAUAUGACUUGUAGAAUUGGUAAACAGGGGCUGAGUUCUUGGUGAUCCUGUUAGUCAACAUAAUUGGAAGGGAUCCAAGGUUUUAUUACACGUAUCAUCUUUCGUAAAGGUGUAUAGGUUGAAACCAUCUCACCCUACAGGGAAUAAAGUCCAAACUUGCGAAGUGAUCGAUAAAACGUGAGUUUUUAGCACAAUACAAUACAAUACAAUGUUCUUUAUUUUGAGAGGGUAGAUACCUGAUUAACCCAGUAAAGAGUUUUCUAACACAUGGCCCUCAAAGUCGGAAUGAAAUGGCCAUAACUCGACUUAGAAAACGAAACUCUAGUCCACAAGGGAGCGAGAAUGAUCAGCAUGAAAUUUGUCCUUUAAAUAUCAUUGCCCUGUAAAACA